AAACCCAUUAUUUGUAGUCAUUGUAUGGUGUUGAUUGUAUUCUUAGCAGGCGUAAAGUUGACAUUUAAUGAAAUUUUAAUCUUAGUUACGAGCUGUUUUAGUUACUAAUUUUUUCAGUGGAUCAAAAUUCAACAAUGAAAUACAUGUACAAAGUGUAAUAUAAAGUAUAACCUGAUCUUCUGUGCUUAUUUUCUAACUACACUUGUUUGCGGGUGGUUCUUACUUUUUUGUACCUGGAGGAUAAGAGUAACCUCUUCGCUAGUUGCUGUUGCUGUUAUUGUCUACUUGAGUGUGUGACACUCUCUGCUCCACCAUGUUGAGUAGAAUUAUUAUAUCCUUAUGCAAUCAUAAUAUUGUCAUGUAAUAAUCAAUCAUUACAUUUAAAGAGUGAAUUUGUUGUUUUAUUGAUCAUUUUUGUUAUUAGUUAAAUUUAGAAAGUCCUAAAUGGGAAAAAAAUGAAUGGUGAACCGAGUGGCUCAAUUGUGCCUGCAACAUCUGCAGAUGCUUGCCAUUCCAUUGUUUUAAGUUUAAUGUGCCAUCGUCAAGGAGGUGAAACUGAGACAUUUGCUAAAAGGGCCAUUGAAUCAUUGGUUAAAAAGUUGAAAGAAAAAAGAGAAGAAUUGGACUCUCUUAUUACCGCAAUAACAACUAAUGGGUCUCAUCCAUCUAAAUGUGUAACCAUCCAGAGAACCUUAGACGGUAGGUUACAGGUUGCCGGUCGAAAAGGUUUUCCUCAUGUAACUUAUGCCAAAAUUUGGAGAUGGCCAGAUCUUCAUAAAAAUGAGUUGAAACACAUUAAAAGUUGUCAAUAUGCUUUUGACCUUAAACUUGAUUCCGUGUGUGUUAAUCCGUAUCACUAUGAGAGAGUUGUUUCACCAGGUAUUGAUUUAUCUAGCUUAACCUUGUCCAGUUCCUCUCAUGGCUCAACUGGUGACCAUGAUCAAUCAUCAGCACUUCACACCGGACCUACCAUAAAAACAGAAUAUGCUCCAACUUCCUCGGUUAACUUACCUUCACCAUCGUUCACCGAUUCUGGACCAUUUCCGCAAACCAAAGCUACUCCAUUAAAUGAUGAUAAUUCUAACUUUGUGACUUCGCCUCCUCAAUUUUGGUCACAUCCUUUGGCACCAUCUAAUUUACCAGGUUUACCAAGUUUACCAAAUUUACCAAAUCUACCAAAUUUACCUGACACAUCUUUGGGUAUGAUCGCACCUCUUUCCAAUCUGCCUCCACCAGAACAUUGGUGCUCAAUAGCUUACUUCGAGUUGGAUCAACAAGUUGGUGAGCCCUUCAAAGUGCCAUCAUCUUACAAUUAUGUUAAAAUUGAUGGCUACGUAGAUCCUUCUGGAAAUGAUAGAUUCUGUUUAGGAGCUUUGUCUAAUGUUCAUCGAACUGAAGCGAGUGAAAAAGCUCGACUUCAUAUUGGAAAAGGGGUUCAAUUGGAUCUCAGAGGGGAAGAUGAAGUUUGGAUAAGAUGUCUUUCAAAUAAUGCAGUUUUUGUUCAAAGCUAUUAUCUAGACAGAGAAAGUGGACGGUCUCCGGGAGACGCUGUACAUAAAAUUUAUCCUCAAGCCUAUAUUAAAGUCUUUGAUCUUAGGCAAUGUCAUAGACAAAUGCAACAACAAGCUGCUUCAGCACAAGCCGCUGCUGCAGCUCAAGUUGCUGCCGUUGCAGGUCAUAUACCUGGACCGGCAUCAUGUGGUGGUAUUGCUCCUGCAAUUAGUUUGUCAGCUGUCGCUGGAAUAGGUGUUGAUGAUUUGCGGAGACUAUGUAUUCUUAGGCUUUCUUUUGUUAAAGGUUGGGGACAAGAUUAUCCACGACACUCUAUCAAAGAAACACCCUGUUGGAUUGAGAUUCAUCUUCACCGGGCUUUGCAACUAUUGGAUGAAGUUUUGCAUACAAUUCCCAUCCAAGAUCCCAGAGUUCAAGGCACAGAUUAAUACUCUUUGCCUAUAAAUUUUCCUUUUUUUUCCUUUCAUCCGUCAUCCCUUCAUCAUUCAUCCUUUCAUCCAUCUCUUUCUCUUUUCACCCUUCUUAAUUACCUUCUUUUCAUCCUACCUAUGUUGUUGUUUUUUCCCUCAACUCUCUUAUUCAUUGCUCCCAAUUUUACCAGACUUUGCAUUUUCACGCUUUCAACUCUAGCAUCUUUCUCUUCAUCCUGCAUCAGUAUCUUUCAUUCUAUGAGUAUUGUUAGCUUGAAUAUGACUAAAGCGCCGGAUACAGAGAGAGACGCACAAGUUGUUUUUUCGUCAUAUUAAAAAAUAACAACCAAAACAUCAA